UCACAAAAAAUUUACGAGGCAGAAAUCGAUGGUAAUAAUCUGGCAGAUAUAAAAAAAAGUACAAUAAAAGAUAACUCCUUCAGGCCCAGAAAACAUAGAAUGGGCCUAACAGAUCAUCAUCAAGCCCUUUUCUUGUUUUUCUUUUACUCCGUUAAAACACGAUCCCUCUCGUUGUUCUCCGAUCAAUUUGCUGGCGCUAAUCCGGCAGCCAUUUCCAGGACGCCACCACAAGAUUCAAGAGUCUUCUUCUUCGUCUACCUCUCGUCUUCUCAGCUCUGAUUGAGAGACGCGCUUCGGCGACGAGGAUCAUCUGAUUUGAGUGGUGUAAUGGCGUCUGGGAUCGUCGGAGAAGGUGGAUCCUUGUCUGAGGUAUAUAGUAGUGCGAAAAGGACUCUACUCAGGGCUCGUGAUGGAAUCGAGAGGUUGGAGAGGUUCGAGUCCGGUGCUCCUAUGGAUUCUUCUGAUCUGUCCUCCUCUGUGAAACGAGACAUCACUGAGGUUCAAUCUCUCUGCUCCAACAUGGACAGUCUCUGGCGCUCAAUCUCUGUUAAAUCCCAGCGCGAUCUCUGGAGAAGAAAGACUGAACAAGUGGGAGAAGAGGCCGAGUAUUUGAACCAAAGUCUGGAAAAAUACAUGUGGAGGAAUCAGAGAAAGAUGCUGGAAGCUAAAGAGAAGGCGGAUUUGUUAGGCAGAAGGAGCGGAGAAGGAGCUCACAUUUUGCAAAUAUUCGAUGAGGAGGCUCAAGCAAUGAGCUCUGUGAAGAAUUCAAAGAGAUUGCUUGAAGAUUCAUAUUCAAGUGGAGUUGCUAUCCUCUCCAAAUAUGCUGAACAAAGGGAUCGUUUGAAGAGGGCACAGCGUAAAGCUUUGGAUGUUCUGAACACCGUAGGGCUCUCCAACUCUGUACUGAGGCUCAUUGAGAGGCGCAAUCGUGUUGACACCUGGAUCAAAUACGCCGGUAUGAUCGCAACACUUGUCAUAUUGUAUCUGUUCAUAAGAUGGACACGCUAAACAUAAGGAAAUCGGAACGAGUCAAGUACACAGAUUGUAUGUAGAGAGUUAUGUGACUUGUUGUGCGAGAUGGUGUAAAGGAUGCUUUUUGUUUUUGUUCAUGCCUCUUACAAGUUACAAGACAUUUCUGGCAUCUGAUCUUAGUUCAUCAAAUUUGUCAAAAGAGUAUCCAUUUUCUCGAAUUCCUUUGCGUUGUA